UUGCUUCUUUCCAUAGUCAAAAUUUCCUCAGAAUCUCUUUCUUCGUGCAAGAAAAUCCGUUUACUGAAUCUGUACUCGCCGCGAUUUCGCAUUGCCAAUUUGUAUUUUGCUCUGCGGAGAGUGUUUUUUCGGUGCGGAAGAGAGGCGUCGAACAUGGAAACCGAAGGUUCGCUGCCGAAUCUGCUGUGUAAAGAGGAUGAAUCAUCGCUGAACGUCUCGCGUUGCGAGCAGAAUGAAUGCUUGGAGUUCUGUUCUGUUUCGGAAUCCGAUUGCGAGUUCAUCGAAAUGUUAUUGGAAAGAGAGGCCGAUUUUCGUCCCGCCGGGGGUGAAAUUGCGGCCAGUGGUGAAGGAAAUUGGUUGAAACGCGCCCGUUCCGACGCUAUUAAAUGGAUUCUGGAAACGAGAGCGGUUUUCGGAUACCAGCGUCGAACUGCGUAUCUUUCGGCGAUUUAUUUCGACAGGUUUUUAACCAAAAGGAGGUUUAGUGAUUGGAAAUCAUGGAAGAUUCAAUUGUUAUCGAUUGCUUGUUUAUCACUAGCUGCAAAAAUGGAGGAAUGUGAAGUAAGGUCAUUAACUGAAUAUCAUGUUGAUGAGUAUCAAUUUAGAGGUAAUACAGUCCAGAGGAUGGAAUUACUUGUUCUUAAUGCUCUCGACUGGAAAAUGAGCUACGUUACGCCUUAUACGUACCUGAAGUAUUUCAUCUUCAAGCUGUGCGGCAAAUCUAUUAGCAAUGAGCAUGCGAAUUUAGCUUCAGACUUAGUGUUGGCAGUAAUGGAAGAGCAUAAUGUUGGCGAACACCGGCCGUCAAUUAUUGCAGCAGCAGCAGUUUUAGCAUCUUAUGAUUGUCGAUUAAACAAAAUUACAUUGGAGAAUAAGAUGGAGGCAAUCCCAUCAUGGGGGUCCCGGGAAAAAGAACAAACAAUCUCUUGCUACACUAUCUUUCAAGAAAUUAUGACAUUGAGGACCUUUGAACCUAUUAUUUAUCAAACUUCGUCGUCAUCCCUUUCAAUUGAUGAUUCGAAGAUCACAUCUCGAGAUAGCGCCAAAAGAAGGCUCAACUUUGACGAUGGAGGCCGGCGUUGUCUGGUGAAGAGAAUUAACAAGUCAUAAUAAUGCCGACUCUCGGAAGCUCCCCGAGCCCCGGCACCACUCUAUGCAUCCACACCCCACCCCAGAAAUGGGGUCCGAGGAGCUCCUAAGGUUGUUCAUAAUCAUUCAUGGAAGAGCCAAGGAUGAGGGUACCACAUAUUUUGAUUUCUUUCUUUCUUUCAUUAAAUUUGAUUUGUUUAUAUAUGAGUGUGGUGGCUCCAUUACAUUCUUACAUCACCUGUGCGAUCACAAGUUGUGAGAGAGAGAGAGAGAGCAUAGGUACAAACAAGAAAACACACAUCCUCCAUGAGAAUUGGAAUUUGGAAUGAAUUUUUGUGAUAGAGAGAUAACAUAUUAGAUUAGAGAUGCAUGAUUGUGUGUGUGUGGGAAAUUACAACAGUAUUGCAGGGGUCCUAUCUAUCUAUCUAUCUAUCCAUCCUUUGAUUGUUCACAUGGUUGAGUGAAAAGCUUGGCCAGUCUGUAUUGUAUUGUG